AUGACCGAUCUCAUCAACUGUGGUGUCAGGGAUUCAACAGGACUACCUGUCUGGUUCCCAAACGCUCGGGAGCCCAUAGACAACGACAACAAGAUAGUCGGAGGUCAGGAGACGACGAUUGAGGAGCAUCCUUAUCAAGUCUCUUUUAUAGUCAACAACUCGUACUUCUGCGGAGGAUUUAUUGUCAGUGAAAAUUAUAUCUUAACGGCUGCACAUUGUGCUCAAGAUGUCGACCCCUCCACCGUGGUUCUCCGAGCAGGCAGCACCUGGCGGAGAAACGGUACCAUCAUCCCCAUAGCUGAAGUUAUACCACAUCCAAACUACAACCAGCCGGCGUUCGAUAAAGAUGUUGCUGUGAUGAAAACCGUAGACCCUAUAAAAUUCACCGAGACCAUACAGCCUAUACCGCUGCCUAAGAAAAAUAGGCUGAUGAGGGGCGGGACCGACAUCGUUGUCAGCGGCUGGGGACGUACAAAGCAAGGAGCAUCUAGCAUCCCGGAGCGGCUGAUGGAUGUCCGGAUUCCAGUGGUCUACUAUACGGAGUGUUUAAUAGUAUACGCGACAGUCUUGACGCCUAACAUGUGGUGUGGGGGAAACUUCUUUUUAGGUGGUCAAGGAACUUGUCAGGGUGAUUCAGGAGGAGCAGCUAUACAAGAUGGGAUGGCUGUUGGAAUAGUAUCAUUUGGUCGUGGAUGUGGUCAGGCACUCUCGCCGAGCGUGUUCGCGAACAUCGCCGCUCCUACCAUAAGAAACUUCAUCACUAAACACACUGGAUUAUAA